AUGAAAACACAGGAAGUUGAGACCGUUCAAGAGCAUCUCGUCGAACCCGAAGGAAAUUCGAAGCAGAUCCCAGUAGCUGCAUCUUCCCAAUGGAGUAGCCGCAUACGCAAACCGCUUCUUGCACCCCUCCCGAACAUCACGAACCCUUCCAAGGCGAAAAAGAAACACCGUCGCGGCCGACGAUUGCUGAUUGGAGCUGGAGAAAUGGACACCUCACUCGUGGUCAUCACGACUCCGACAGCGGAUACAGCAGGCACAACAUUGAUGCUACAAUGUCCCAAGCGACAUUAUCUUUUCGGGAGCCAGGCGGAGGGUACACAGCGAGCCAUGACGCAAAUGGGCGCUCGUCUUAUGAAGGCUCAGGAGUUUUUCAUAACAGGCAGGACUGAAUGGCACAAUAUCGGCGGGCUGAUUGGCAUGACUCUGACCCUUGCGGAUGCCUCCACAACAUCAUAUGAGACAGCGAUGGAGUUGUACCGCAAGAAGGGAGAUGUAAAGGGUGCCUCGGCGCCCCCGCGACCUAGGUUGAAUGUCUAUGGCGCACCGAACUUGAAGCACAUGCUGUCUACGUGCCGGAGAUUUAUCUUUAGAAAAGGACUGCCCAUCACCGCAACCGAGUAUAAGAGUGCUCCUGCUAGUAAGGAUGAAAAAGGCGAUAUCCCACCCACGUGGCAAGACGAUCUGAUUAAUGUUUGGGCAAUGUCCAUUGCGCCUUCUGAAGAAAGCCAGGACGUUGAUUCCGAUUUAGAAGGAGCUAUCGAGGCCCAAAAGCGGUUAUUUGACACACAACUGAAUUCUUUUGAAGAUUUCCAGCCAGUAGAUGGCGAAAGUGUGGAACAGCGAGAAAAGAGAUACGAUGACAUACGCACCGAUUUACUCAAACAAAUGUUCGACUCAAGCUGGAGUUUCGAUACUCUGGUCGAACGUCAUAUCUCGGAGGUCGAGAUGCCCGCCGCCAUGUAUGUCCGUAACCCAUCGACCAACAAACUUGAAAACUAUCAUGGGCCAAUGCCUGGUGGUUCAGAACCUCUCCCCGAUGUGAAGGUCUUGACUCGAACGCCUUGGCCUGCUGCAAUGGUGCGAGCGCUACCACCUACAAAACCAUCAAAGGAGUCUCUCUCUUACAUUGUCCGCACACACGCUGCCCGCGGGAAGUUCGACGUAAAGCGAGCGCAGGAGCUCCGUGUUCCACGUGGACAAGCAUACUCAAAGCUUACGGCAGGCCACUCUGUGCAGAAUGAGGAUGGGGAAACCAUCACCCCUGACAUGGUCGUUGGGCCAGAUCGGCCAGGACAGGGUGCCGCCAUAUUGGAUGUGCCGUCUGUGGACUACAUAGAGAACCUGGUGCAGAGGGAAGAACUUACUUCUACCAGCGUUAUGGAGGGCGUCCAAACGGUCAUUUGGAUUCUUGGUCCCGGCGUGUCUGGACACCCUAUACUGAAUGAUUUCAUAAAAAAGCUCGAUCAGGUUCAGCAUGUUAUUUCAUCUGGCGACGAGAGCCCUAAUCGGAUCGCACUAGACUCCGUGGCUGCACAGACAACACGUCUUGCGCAAAUCGAUGGGGAGCGAUAUCAUAUUCCCGUCCAUGAUAAUUUUACAGUACCACAGCAAAAGUAUUGCUCCAACAAAGGAACACAAGGGGGAAUACCCGCAAAUGCUAUCCUGGCAGAAAGGGGCAUGAAGUUACGCUUAAUGCCAAAGUACGAACUGCAGCGGGACGGUGUUCCUCCGCUCGUAGACAUACAAGCCGUUGAGAAAGAAACCCCUACCGAAAUUAUUGAGUUAGCGAAGGCGGCUCACGAGAAUAUCGAGAAAGACAAGGAAAGAUUGCAGGCAUGGAGGCAGCUGAUAGCUCACCCGGAUACAGAGGUCAUCACUUUGGGUACGGGUUCGGCGCUACCUUCGAAAUAUCGAAAUGUCUCUGCCACACUUGUCCGUGUCCCUGGAAUCGGCAAUUAUUUACUUGACUGCGGUGAGAAUACCAUCGGGCAGCUACAGCGUGUAUUCAAACCCGAUGAACUUGUCGAUGUGCUUCGGAAUCUGCGUAUGAUAUGGAUAAGCCAUCUCCAUGCUGACCAUCACCUUGGAACGGCAUCGUUGAUCAAAGCCUGGUACACCGUCGCUCACAAGGGCGUCCCGACUAAAACCAGGCCGUCAGCAGUCAACCUUGUAGAAACUGCUUCUGAGCGUGGACUUGCUGUCAUAUCACACGAUGGCAUGCUGCAAUGGCUGCAUGAAUACUCCUCUGUUGAAGACUUCGGCUACAGUCGCAUUCUUCCACUCCAGAUUACAUCAGUGUCCGCAGGCAACGCGACGGGAUCCAAGCUGCAUCUGUCCGACUAUGCUGAUCCACAGACCGUCCAAAUCGUUAAUCGUAACGACUACGAAUCAAUAUUUGGCUUCGCUGAUAUACAGGCUACCCGCGUCAAGCAUUGCCAUGGUGCCAUGGCCGUCUCUUUUACGUUCCCCCCCGAAUCCUCCUCUGCAACCGUACCUCCUCUGAAGAUUUCUUAUUCCGGAGACUGCCGCCCGAGCGAUAAUUUUGCUACCAUAGGUCGCAACACCAGCGUCCUCAUCCACGAAGCUACUUUCGAUGAUGAACUUCGUGGCGACGCCAUCGCGAAGAAACACUCCACCACCUCGGAAGCCCUGGGCAUCGGUGCGGCAAUGAAUGCUACCGCUGUUGUACUGACGCAUUUCUCGCAGCGGUACCAGAAGAUUCCCGUAAUCGAGACGGUGCAGGAUGAUGGCGAAAGCAGGCGAAACGCGACGAAUCGUGCGUCCGGGGAUACUGACGGGCCCAUGGACGUAGAUGAAGUAGCCAUGGACACUACCACAACUGCUACUCCAGUGCAACAGCAGCAGCACAGCGCAAGUAAAGAGCAAAUCAUUAAGAUCCGAAGCAACAAGAACAUGAAAGUCGCCAUUGCCUUCGACUACAUGCGCGUUAGGAUAGGCGACAUAGCGCAAUUGGAUAAGUUCAACGACGCGUUGAACAAGUUGCUUGUUUCUGAAGAAGAUGAAGAAGAUGGUGGCAAUGCCGAGCAGGGAAAGGGCAUGAAUGGCAAUGGAAAGAAGAAUGGCGACGGUAAGGAGGGUGGAGGGAAGAAGAAAAAAAUGAAGAGAAAUAAUUGAUCCGUAGGGAAAUAUUUGUACGAUGAUACAGUAGAAGGAAUGGCGAAUAUGUAAGAAAACAUGGAAGAUAUCAAACACGAUACUCUACAUUAUAAAUAUUUCUC